GCAAGUCAUCAUCUCAAAUUGUACACUUGGAAAAAUCAUAUACCUGAAGUGAUUUUCAGUUGAUGCGAUAUAUUCCAAAGCUAGUUUCGGAGUAUCUAAUGGGAAGACGAUAUAUGACUUUAUCUGAUGCUAAGCCCUAGAGACGGUGAAUAUCAGUUUCGCAGUUCAGCAUGAAAUUAAAAUUCCAUACAUACUACCGAUGUAGUUCUGCUUGCUGAAUACUACGUGGCUCAAAGUUCCACAUACGAACUAUUUAUUCAAGCAUAAAAUGAAUCCAGUCAGUGCUUCGACGACGAUUGCAUAAUUACAACGAAGGACUACUCGAGUGUUAUUAACUUGAAUUGUUGCUCGACAACAGCAUCCGCAGGUAUUGGGGACUCAGUUCAGUUCUGACGAAAGUAAAAACUCAAAGCAGAACAAUAAGACUUCCGGAAUCUGAACAUUUCGGAUGUACAAAACGGUACAACUGGAAACCACCAUUUCUGUGAAUAAAGCAUGAAUGCAAAUGCAAGUUGUAUUCUCGUCUGAGCUUCACUAGUUUCACACCUAACUGAAUAGCAACAAGCACGAAAGCAAUAAGUACUUCACGUGUAAGAAGACAUUGAUGAAAACCCAAGAAGCGAAUGAAAUCAUCGAAACCCGAAUAAAGGAUGCUGGUGUGUCGAAACCGAUUGCUUUGAACCUGUUCCAAACGAACAGAAAAACAUCGUUCAGGACUCAAAUGAACUUCAGCAACCGUGCACGCCUCCUUGGCUAUCAAUCUAUCCUAAAGUGAAUGUGUUGAACGCGAAUGGUAAAGGAGCAACCGCAACAGCAUUUCCACCUGGAAAUACGAUAGCAACCAGGAUUUGUUCUCUCCUCAUGCUAACUUGCAUCCUGUUUCCAUUUAAUAUCCUUGUGGGUGCUACAUUCUCACCACUGGUUUGUGGUUGUGGUUUCUAUGAAAUGUAUUGGAAAAUGAAAUAAUAUUUGAAACAAAAAUACUAAAGAAAAGAAAGUGAAAAGAAAAAGGAUCGCAGACAAUAAGUUGGAAGGAUAUAAUACUUCAUUGCAAGUGGAAAGCAGCAAACUUUUCGGACACUUGAGAAAAAUGAGACGACGACCCUUCUGCAAAAGUGAAAGAAAGCACAUGCACCCUUAAAAUGUUUUCAGUGUAACCGUUAUUGCACUUCCAUCUCAAAGCUAUUGCCCAUUUGUGCAUAGUAAACAUAGCACCGAAGUGAAUACGAAGAAAUGCUGCUGGAGAAUAUGGUGCGCACGAGGGUUUCUUAUUUACGACCCGUAAUCCUCUGCUUGCUGAUAGUUGCAAAUCCAGAUUUUAUUCUAUGCUUGAAAAAUGUAUCGGUAACGGUCCCGACAGCUGUGAAAAAAGGCGAUAAUGCGUUAUUAAUAUGUAAUUAUGAUUUGGAAGGUGAUCCACUCUACUCAGUGAAAUGGUAUAAGGGACGCAGAGAGUUUUAUCGGUACACCCCUAAGGAAAAUCCGGCCAUGAAAACAUUUGCGAUAAAUGGUAUCAAUGUAGAGCGAUCACUAUCAAAUCAAAGCCACGUCAUCCUCUCCUCCGUGCAACCAAUGAUAUCAGGAAAAUUUAGUUGCGAAGUAUCAGCCGACGCUCCAUCAUUUCACACAAUGGUUGUAUCAGGUGAACUCGACGUUGUAGAACUACCAACCGAGCGGCCAACUCUGAUGGGCAUACAUUCGAGGUAUCGUCUUGGGGACACCAUUAACGGUAACUGCACGUCGAAUUAUUCAAAGCCAGCUGCCAAUCUAACGUGGACUAUAAAUGAUAUCCCGGUAAUGCCACGGGACAUCAAAAGUUACGAACCUUUGAAGUUUGAGAACUUGGAGUCGUCAGUUUUGGAGAUAAAUUUCACAGUUCAGCAUCAUCAGUUCAUUCGAGGACGGUUGAAGCUCAAGUGCACAGCAAGGAUUCAUGGCAUUUAUGAACAAGACAUUGAAAAAUACAUAGAAGAAGACCGUCCUAGAAUUUUGGCAUCUGGAAGAUCGCCUGAUGUUAACUUAUUCGGAUAUGACUCACAAGGUGAUGGUGAAAUGACGGAUCAAAGUGACUUCUAUUCAACGCAUUACAAAGCAGAUAUGCCGUCGUCGGCCUCAUCAAUAACACGUGUCGGACCGGACCGUCGAAGAGAAACCACCCCUUCAGUCGGCAUCUCGUUCUCACCACGGAUAGUUUUCCAUCGGAUGAAGAAUCUUCUCAGCACUACCCUUACACUGGAUAGUGUUCUUUUCGUUGCAACUUUGAUAUCGAUUCUAAUAUCCAACAAUUUCAUUUCAUCCCCCCACACAAUCCUACAUUAUCGAACUCGAUGUAAAGACAUAAAUCAUCACCAACAACAUCAUCCCGGUCGAAUGAGAAAUGACGAAAAAGAUGUUGUAAUUAAAACGCAUGACAUGGCCAACAAUCGUCGUCGACUUCAAUAUGGGAUGACCAUUAGCGGCAAGGAGCCUUGCACCCUUAAGCAAUUAUAUUCGCACAAAAAUGUCGCAGAUAAGCGAAUUGUUACUUCAUCCUGAUAAUUAGAGGCGCGAUGUGACGUAAUCGUGACAGGUGGUGGUUGCCACUUGCCGCCCGUUUAAAUGGACUGAAUCAGGGGGAAUUCCGCAAAAUAAUUUUUCUAACGUUUAAAAACAAUUUGUCUACAGAUUAUCUGCAACACAUGCGAAUAGGGGUUAAUCGUGAACUAUGUAGUGAUUUCAAGACGAGGGAGCAGAAGAAAUAAAUUGUAUUGAAAAUCAUAUAAAGUAGAAUAAUCUUAAGUUUGAUGAUACUUGCAUGAUAUAACUAAUUUCUACGCAGAAGCAACGACUAAUCUUUUGUCUUUUUCAAAAUCUGUUCCUUCAAAGUAUACCAGGCACUCACUAAGUUUUGCAAUUGAUCCUAGCCUCAACCAUUCGUUUCCCUUUCACUGGAUAUCUCAAGUACGCUAUCUUUCGAAAAGUGCAUAAAUUUUCGGUUGUGAAGUUAAGAUGUCAAAAUUAGAUUAAAACAUUAAAAAGAUAAAAUAAAAGCAUCAAUCGAAAGGACGUGGAUUCUCCAACUAAAUUUCAAACUGCAAAAACCACAGGAUAGUAUUAAAAAUUAACAAAAAUGUAUUGUUUGUUGUUCAUAUUAAAAUAAAUGAAAAUAGCAAAAAAUAUUUAAAUAAAACAAUAAAAUAAGCGUAAAUAACUAAGCAGACUGUCAAUAUUGUGUAUAGAAUACAGAGCAUUAUAUGAUAGGUACCUUAAUAAAUAUCAACAGAUUAUAUACUAAAAAGAAAUUUAAUAACAAAAAUCGAACUGGAACUUUAGGAGAGUGGGAGUAAUAAUUCAUUAGUUUGUAAAAUAGUUAAAGAUAUUCACAACUUUUAAGAAUGGUAGGGUUGUAAUGGUAAAUGCCGAUAGUCUUUACUUGUAAAAAUAAAGCAUUGUAUGAGCGAAAGUAAUACGACACUAAACCAAAUGCUAAUUCAAGAGAACAUUUAAGUUUAUUUUUUGUUAUCUUAAAUGAGAACGAGUCGGAGCUAUGAAAAUACGAAAUACAAUUGGUAAUCAUAUAUUAGAAGAAUUGACUAAAUAACAUUAAAAGGUUGCAAAAAACCUUUGAAGAAAUUGUAUGAAUAAGAUAUUGUAUAAAAACUUUUGUAAUGAAAAUAAUGUAACAGAAUUUAUUGCAAUAUUCGAUAGAAAGCUAAACUUAUUACUUUCAUGCUCAACUUAAAAUAAAAUUUCUUUCUUAUUCUUUCAUGCAACUAUUAUUGGUUUGAAUAAAUAAGAAUCAAAUGCCAAAUUUUGAGAGAAAAGUAAAAUGAUCUUCCGUCCCAAAGCACGGAUUUCAAACAGAUAGAAAAAUGCCAGUUUAUAUGACAUUUAAAACUAGAGGCUAAGAGCUUUCAUAUGCCAAAGAAAAUAUUUGAUUAUUUUACUUCUAAUUUCUUAUUUUAGAAUAGGAAUGCAUUAACAUUUCUCCGCCCUUUUGAAAGUGCGCAAAAGCAAUGACCUUUUUUGCUUAACUUUCCCUAAGAAUUUCUUUCUCAGAACUUGAUUAAACGUUUAUAUUUUUUGGUUCUAGCUAACCAUUUUUUUAUUUUAAUUUUAUUUUGUUAUAACUAGAUAACUCGAUUGUGAUAUAUCAUUUCAAAUGAGUACUUUUGUGUUUCCCAGCAAUUUUGCAAAUGUGGUCAUUAUUUAUUACUUUAUUAUACUAUUUUUACACUUAUUUCAAUUAUCACUAACAAUAUCACAUCUUUUCACAAUCCAGCCGCAUUAUAACUUGCCAAAUAAUUCAAACAAAUAUUGUAUAAAUUCCAAAAGCAAAUAAUUACAUAGAAAUUAGAAAAAAAACAAUAAAA